AUGGAAGAGUCGGAUGUGGCACGGGCUUCACUGGCUCUGAUGGAUGCAGCCAAUGACCGUGACCCUGCAGUCCGAGAGCAGGUCAGGAAGUCGCUGCUGACCCUGGGGAAAUGGAGGACUGGGAAGAUCCUGUCCAUGUGCCAGGAUUACCUCAUACAGCAUUCCAAGCUUGAAGUUGGACAUCGAGUGGUUCUGCUGCAGACCGUUGAGUUGGUGAUAAAGUCUAAAAUUGAUGAGAUAAGCUAUCCAAAAAUGAAGAGUCUCAUUCACCUGGCCUCCGAAGAAAUGACGAGAUCGAAGGACAUAGUACCUGAUUGGCAGCAGGCAGCUAGCAAUAUUUUGGUUGCUUUGGGUGACAGAUACAUCAAAGACGUCAUGGAGGAGAUCCUCUGUAAAUUCCAGCCUGGAUUUCUCCCACAUUUCUUUGUGGUGCAAACAUUGGCUAAUCUUUCUUUCUCCAAUGUUUAUGGAACGGUGCCUUUCCUCGGAAACAUCUUGACGACCAUGCUGCCCAUGCUGGGCAUGACGAGACAGGACAACAUGAAGUGGGCGUUCUCUUCUGCCCUGUGCCACUUCAGUGAGAGCAUUGUGGAAUACCUUGCCAAUAUGGACAAGGCCCCUGACCCUGCGGUGAGGAAAGACGCCUACUCUGCUGAGAUCUAUGCUGCCUUUGACAUCCUGUUCUGCAACUGGCUGCAAAGCAAGGAGACCAAGCUGACGCUCACUGUCACCAGUGCCCUGGGGUCCAUGAGUCUUCUGUUGGCUCAAGAUAAGUUGGAGGAGCUGCUUCCCAGGCUGAUUCCUGCAAUCCUCUCUGUCUACAAGAGGAACUCAGAGCAUUACAUCAUCAGCAAGAGUCUGUGUCAGAUUCUAGAAGCUUCCAUGAACACUGACAGGCGGGUUCUGGAGGUACAGAUUGAUGGCCUCAUGCUCACAAUGCAUCAUCAGGCAUGCAUACCUGUUGACUAUAGGAACCCAUCAACUCUUAAGAACCACAAUGAGGUCUUGAGAUGCUUCACUGUUUUGGCCCACACUUUCUCAGAACGCGUGAUACCGUUUGUCCUCCAGAAGCUGGAGAUCAGCAACGAACGCAACCGUCUGGGCUCCCUAGCGGUGCUGAAACACCUCAUCAACACUUCCAGUUCUGUCAUGGAAUCCAAGAAGCUUCACAUUAUCAACAGCGUACGACAGCCAAUGCUCGAUCGUAGCAACAGGGUGAAAAAGAUGUUUAUUCAGGUAAUCAGUGCCAUGGCUCACCAUGGCUACCUGGAGCUGGAGGGGGGGGACCUGCUGGUGAGGUUCGUCAUCCUGCACUGCGCAGUCCCCGACACUUACCAGCGUGUGUGUCAGUCCCCUGGCCUGGAGGACGUGACCAAUGAGGCGCUGCGGAGCAUGUGUGAGAACAUGCUGCACCUCUUCACCACCACCGUGGACCGUCUGAUCGACGUUCUUUGGCCCUCCCUGUUUUGCUAUCUGACCCAGGCCCAGUACACCGACGCCACCACGCCGCUGUGUAAGAGCCUCAUCCUGCUAGCCCGCAAGAAAGCUGCCCUGGAACCCGGCUCCAUCGUUGACUUCGAUGCAGAAGAUAAUCUUCCCAGUUCCUAUGUGCUCAUGAUGAGGCUGCUGGUCAAUGCCUCCUUCCCGUUCCGCUGCCGGGGGCGGGGCGCCCCCUCGCUGGGCCUGAUGAGGGUCCUCAGCACCAGCAUCCACCCCAAACUGGAGUAUGUGUGGCAGGCUGAGAUUCCCCCACUCCUACACUGCCUGGAAGAGUCAACAGAGGAAACGUUGGACCGGAGGAGAUGGGAGGGAAGGCUGCUUGAGCUCUUGUCCAAGACUCUGGUGGCCAUUUCCUAUGACAAGUGGAGCUGUCAGCUCGCUACCGAGGCAACCCGUUACCUUCCCACCUACAACAGCUACCUGGAGGAGAAGAGCUUUCUGUACAAGUGCAUCGGCGUGACUCUGCAGCACUGCAACAACAAGGAGGUGGUGGGGAGGCAGCUCCGGGAACUCCUGGUCUGCGCCCGUCACCACGGCGCCAUGGAGAGGGAGGGAGCAGCGAUGGGAAUCGGCCUUUGCGCCAGCAGUCAUCUGCACGACGCUCUGGCGAAACUGGAAGACUUCGGGAAAUCCGACAUCUUCAAGAAAGCCUCAGGAAUAUUUGGGCUGCUUAAAGAUAAGGGUGAUUCGGAUGUGGACAAGGCGAAGAGCACGCUCAUCUUGUGCUACGGGUACGUGGCUCUGCUCGCCCCUGAGGACCAAAUCCUGUGCAGAAUCGACUCGGACAUCUUGCGGAACAUCAGCAAGCUUUUCAACACCAAGGUACUGGGAAUGAAAGUCGAGACUAAGGACCUGACCAUGAAGCUGAGUCUGAUUCAGAGUGUGGGUUUUAUAGCCCAGGCCGUCAGUGCCUGUGUGCGCCGGCAGGGCUACCUGUUCACCCGCAAGCAGGAGCUCAUGGGCGUAAUCAUGGACUUUGUUAAGGCGGAGCCAUUGGAUGUCAUGAGGAAUCCAGUUCGUCAUCUUGCCAUGACUACGUGCUCCAGCCUGUUCAACUUGGAGCCGGCGCUGACAGAGAACGAGAAGUCUGACAUGCUGCGCACCUGUCUAAACAGCACCUUCGGCCUACCCCCGAUGGAGGAGCCUGACCGCGGGAAGGACGGCCAGGCGCUCGACCCACGGGCGAGGGAGACCCUCUACAGAGACACAUUCUGCACUCUUCAGACUCUUCUUAAAACUGUGCUCAUGCAAGACAUGAACCCAGAUGGACUCCAACGCAUAUUUAAGCAUAUCAAGGUCUGGCUGUGCUCUGAGAUGAACCACGAGCGUGAGAGGGCGAUGCGGACCGCAGCUGCCAUGCUGGCUUUCUACCUGAACCAUCUCAACAUCAAGAAGAUGGGGGCGUUCCAUAAUCUCGGGGCUCUGCUGGGGGAGAUUAUCCCCAGAUGUACGGACCCCAGCCCGCCGGUGAGACUGGCAGCCAUGGACUGUAUUCAGGCUCUGCUGUACGUACAGCUGGGCUAUGAAGGGUUUGCAUCGGACUACAAAGAUGAGGCCGUGGAAAAGCUUAGGACACUCUCCGAGAAGCUGACUACCUCCGACAUGGCAGCUUUGUACAGGAACUGCUCUGAGCUGACAAAGAUAGUUAGUAAGCAUCUCCCUCAGCAGCAGCUUCCCGCUCUGGUCUUCACACUCUUGGACGGGCUGGCUGACCCGCAGACCAGCUGCUCCUGCUUCUCCAGCAUGAUGCUCCACGUGCUGCUGAAGAGCCGGGGAGCCAGCCUGCAGGAUCAGGUCCCCGAGGUGCUGGAGGCGAUGCGAGUUCGGUUGCCGACGGUCUCCGAAGACCAAGUGAGGGCCGUGGUAGCCCAAUCCCUCCUCGUCCUUGCCGCUCAGCACCUGCAGACUGUUGUCAACGUCCUCACUUCCUUCCCCCUGCCCUUCGACAGCUGGGGCUGUGAGGUGUGGCUUUCUCUUGGAGCUGACAGCACUCUGACCUUCCAGAUCAUGGAAAUGAUCCUGGAGAAGCUGAACGUGGUGGUGCCAUUUGUGGACAAGAGGGACUCUGCGCUCCGGACCAGCACGGUCAAAGUGGCCACCAGCCCCCCGCUGGCAAUGACGUGUGCCCUGCACGGGAUGAUGUCGAACAGUCAGAGCCAGGACCCAGUGGCGGCCCUCUUCCCCCAGCUCUUUGGAGCCCUGCUGGUGCGUCUGGGCUCCAGCGUUGGGGUCCUGCCCCCCAGGGACCCGGUGGGCACCGGCCCCUCCCCAGAGAGGAGUCCGUCCCCCCAGCUGCCGCCGUCCAUCGAUGUGUGCGGGAUGGCGGUGGAGGCCUUGCGUGUUCUUCUGGUCCGUGUUCAGCUGGAGAAAGUGCUGAGGGCCCUGAACUUGGCAGGAGCUUGGGACAAGAUCAAAGACCUACAGCAGCACACCGAGGGGGUCACACUGCUGGCCAGGCACAUGGCAAGGCAUGCCGGGCAGCGUCUCCCAGCCUUGGUGGAUAAUCUGUAUCCUAACCUCAGCAACAUCUACCAAUGCCAGCGCAUUACGGUGACGGCAUUCUUCUCUGAGCUGCUGAACCAUCGUGUGGUGACGGAGCUGCAGCUGAUAGAGGCCCUGAUGAAGCACGUGACGGAGCGCCUGGCGGACCCCUGCUGUGCCGUGCGCGUGCUAGCCAUGCGGGGGCUGGGGAACAUCGCCACGGGGUCCCCCGAAAAGGUGAACUCAUAUGCCAAGGAGCUUCUGGCCCCCAUGAGCUCUGGGCUGGAGGACAAGGAUGACCCUGACAAGCACAUCGCCCUGGAGGCCUUGUCUGGCCUGACCAAGAUCCUGCGGUGCCUGGACAAGGAAAACGUGCACCUUCUGGUAGUCUACAUCUUCAUGAAGAUCAAGCCUUUCCUGGAGAGCGAGAAUGAGGCCAUCCGCUGUGCUUCCAUGACGCUUCUGGGAAGCCUGUCCAAGUUUGCGUACGGAGAGCCGGUCUUCAGGGACCAGAUCCACAACGUGCUGAUCAGCCUGCUGCUGCACCUCAGCGACCCCAGUCCAGAGGUGGUCAAGGCGUGUAAGUUUGCGAUGCGAGUCUGCGGCCCAGUGCUGGGCUCAGAGAUAGUCGCCGCCAUGUUCCAGAACCAUCUACACGAGGACAGAGGGUUGCACUACGGCGAAUUCAUCAACGACCUCACCAAAUACAUUAUCCGAGACUUCCCCAGCAUGCUGAACUUCUACCACAUCACCAUCGUCCACUUCUUCAAGAGCUCCUGGCCCGAAGUCCGAGCAAGCGCAGCUAUGUUUAUCGGGUUUCUAUUGAUCAAUCUCCCAGAAGAGCAUCUAUCAGAGAUGAACAUGGGCAGUGUCAUUAAAGGUCUAGUCCAUCUGCUCCAGGACCCAGACCCUUCAGUCCGUGCCAAAGCAGCAGAGGCCAUGGGACACUUCCACCACUUCUGA